AUGUCAUUUACCUUUGAACAAUUUGAAGCCUUAUUGGAACGCCAAGAAAAACGUUUUGAACAGUUUCAAAUGCGCAUGAUAGAGAUGCUAACUCAGAAAAUGAACCUGGAUCAAAAAGAAGUUACAGAUGAUCCCUUCAAAUCUCAUGUUGACCAGAUUGUUAAUUCUAUCCAUGAAUUUAAUUUUGAUGGUUCAGCUGGCAUUACUUUUGAAACUUGGUUCAAGAUAUAUGAAGAUUUGUUCACGGUCGACCUCAAAAACCUUGAUGACGCCGCUAAGGUCAGAAUACUCUUGCGAAAACUUGGAACUGUUGAACAUGAACGUUACAGUAACUUUAUCCUUCCAAAGAAUCCAAGAGAUUUUUCUUUCGAUGCAACGAUUGAAAUUUUGUCGCAAAUCUUUGCUGAGCAGUCAUCCUUGUUUAAUAUUCGUUAUCAAUGUCUCAAGAUGACAAAAGCAGGUGAUGAUGACUGGGUGAAGCAUGCGGGUUUAGUAAACCGUAAAUGUGAGCGCUACAAACUAUCAGCAAUGACAGAAGACCAGUUUAAGUGUCUCGUAUUUGUAUGCAGCCUCCAAUCUCCCGAAGAUGCCGAUAUUAGAACUAGAAUUUUGAGUAAAAUUGAACAAUGUCCGAAUAUGACACCACAAGAAGUAACCACAGAGUGCCAGAGCAUGGUAAACCUAAAGCAUGACACUUCGAUGGUCGAAAAUAAUGGCCAGUUGCCAUACGUUCGUGCUGUAAGCGGAAAAAACGAUUCUUGCUUAAGAAAGGUAUCGCACACAGAUAAUCAGCCUUCAUGUUGGUCUUGUGGUGGUUGGCAUUAUAAAAGGUUCUGCCCACAUAAAGAACAUUUUUGUAGCAAGUGUCAUCGCAAGGGACAUAAAGAAAACUGCUGCAGAAAAAGAACCCAUAAACGACAUUCUUUGAAACCCUACUCGAAGAAAUACAGAUUUAGUGCUCGAACUAACAAAAUAUUGGUAUCACAUCGAGCACGAAUUUGCCGCCAAAGAAAGUAUGUAAACUUGGAUAUAAAUAAAAGGCGUGCCCGCCUGCAACUCGACACCGCUUCUGACAUCACACUUAUUAGUCAGAGAACUUGGAAUCUUAUCGGUAAACCACAGGUUCUCCCAACAACCCAGUUAGCUCACAGCGCAUCUGGAGGAAAACUAAAUAUUGUUGGAGAGGUUUGUUGUACAGUUUCGAAAGGAAACGCCAAAACGAAUGCAACUUUAUAUCUUACACAGGAUCCAGGACUAGAUUUGCUAGGUCUAGACUUGAUAGAAGCACUACAAUUAGCAAAUCACCCCAUUAACCACAUAUGCAGCGCAGUGUGAACCAACAAACCGGUGGAAAAGGAUCUGAAGAGUGUUGUAUUGGAAAGACACAGUCAAGUGUUUACGGAAGAGUUGGGGGAAUGCAAAAAGGUAAAAGCACUAUUGAUUCUUAAACCGGGAGUCACCCCCGUCUUCAGACCAAAACGUCCGGUACCCUAUGCAGCGCUACCUAUUGUUGAACAAG